AUGAGCGAUCUUGACCUGACCCCAGAGCCCCAUCUCAUGCACCGCUCCCUCCUCACUCGCCCCGAGACCGUCUCAUCUGCAUCUGGCGUCUAUCUCAACCUCUCCUCCGGCCGUAAAAUCCUCGAUGGCUGUGCCGGCGCUGCAGUCGCCAUCAUAGGCCAUGGAAACACCGAGGUUCAAGAUGCUGUAGUCGCCCAAGCCUCACAAGUGUCAUACGUCCAUACCAUGACUUACACGACAUCUAGCGCAGAGGAACUUGCGGACCAUCUUCUAGAAAACGAACCUUUUGGUCUGACGAGAGCUUACCUUGUCUGUUCAGGAAGUGAAGCCAUGGAUUCAGCUAUGAAGCUUGCAAGACAGUAUCAUGUUGAGAAUGGACAGCCUGAAAGGACGAGAUUUGUUUCAAGAAGACAAGCUUAUCACGGGAAUACUGUCGGUGCUAUGAGCGUCGGCAGUCACGUGGCGAGAAGAGCGCCGUAUGAAGGUGCUAUUUUGCUGGAUAAUGUCAGCCACGUUAGUGCUGCAUACGAAUACCGCACCAAGAAGGAUGGAGAAACAGAAGAGGAAUACUCCAAAAGACUAGUCGAUGAACUCGAAGCAGAGUUUCUAUCAGUUGGGCCUGAGAAAAUCAUGGCUUUCAUCGCUGAAACAGUCGGAGGUGCAACAGCAGGAUGCAUCACGCCUCCAGCUGGAUAUUUCAGUGGAGUUUCGAAAGUAUGCAAGAAAUACGGCAUUCUUCUGAUCCUCGAUGAAAUCAUGUGUGGAGUUGGACGAUGCGGAACUUUCUUUGCUUUUGAGCAGGACGGUGAUGUUCAGCCUGACAUGGUCACCAUCGGCAAGGGUCUAGGUGGAGGUUACAUGCCUAUUGCUGCGACGCUCGUGCAUAAAGGUAUCAUCGAGACGCUGAAGAAGGGAACUGCUAGUUUCAACCACGGACAUACAUAUCAAGCACACCCUGUAAGUUGCGCAGCAGCUCUUGCGAUACAAAAGAUUAUCCGUCGAGAUAAUCUCGUAUCCCGCUGUGCUACUCUCGGUGAGAGAUUACACAAGUCUCUUAUCGAAACAUUCCAAGAUGCCGAGUUUGUGGGAAAUAUUCGCGGACGUGGAUUAUUCUGGGGUAUUGAGUUUGUGCAAGAUAAAAAGACAAAGGCGCCGUUUGACAGCCAUAUUCGGUUUGGAGUCAAGGUCCAGGAGAGGGCGUUUGAGCUGGGAUUGGCGGUUUAUCCUGGGAUGGGAACUGCUGAUGGGAUUGUGGGUGAUCAUGUUAUUGUGUCGCCGCCUUUGACUAUUACGGAGGAGGAGAUGGAUAUCUUGGUUGGGUUGUUGAAGAGGGCUUAUGAUGAUAUUGCUACCAAGUAUGGAGUGUGA